CUUCAGACUUGAGAAAGACAAUCGAUAGCUUGUGUUGCCAGAGAACCAAGAACAAAACAAAACCACACAGAGUCCACAACCAACAAUCAUGGCCAACGGACUGCAAACUAUUCUCAUGCUCUCUCUAUUCGCCACUGUUGCGUUCGGACUGAGAUGUUAUUCCUCCAAUGGUCAAAGUAGAAAGAGUACGGAAGACGGUGAAUCCGUGGAAUGCCGAGAUGCCGCCGGGGCCACUUUGAGAUACUGUGUCAGAUUCAAGACAGACUCGAGACCGGGAAAAGUGUUCAGGGAAUGCGACCACGUUUAUGAGCAACUAUUUGGAUACGACACCUUUAAAAUCAAUGGUGUUGGAUGUUGGCCCUUCAGCACCAAAAUUGGCGACAUUGAGGAAAAGGGCACUUAUUGCGCAUGUCGCGAAGACAAUUGCAACCAAGGAGACAUUGAGGAUCCUUCAGAGAUAGAUCAAUAAAGGAAACUAUCCUUGCUUAACAGA